CCUAGUAUUGUUAUAAUAUGAAAAGAACCACAAAGAGUUACUAAUAUCACAGUCAAUAUUUAGAUCUAGAAUGAACAGCAAAUUUCGUUUAGGCAUUUUUAUUUUUCUUCUUUUAACAUGCUUACUGAAUUUAUCCAGUGCCAACUUGCCCACAAUCCAAAGUGUUGGCCAACCAUGGCCAAUGCCACAAGUUUAUGAACCAAGUCCAACAGUUUUGGGUUUGGAUUCAUCCUACUUUAAGUUCAUCAGUGUAGGAGCAGAUUGUGAUAUUUUACAAGAUGCUUAUGUUAGAUACUAUCAGUUGACUUUUGGUGAUUUAAGACAGAAAAAGUUCCACUCUCUAAAGUUUCGACCAUUAUUGAGUCAAUAUGAGCUGUUGAAUACCCUUGAGGUAGCUGUUGAAAAACCAUGUACUGGUGGAAUAUACCCAACUCUGGAGUCCAAUGAGUCAUAUGCAAUGAAGGUUUCCUCUGGUGUAGCUAGAAUUGAAGCUAAGGAGGUUUGGGGAGCUCUGAGGGGCCUAGAAACAUUCAGUCAACUGGUGUAUAAGCUGGAAACAGGAGAAUUUGCUGUGAACCAAACUGUGAUUGAUGACUUCCCAAGAUUUCCACACAGAGGCCUCCUAUUGGAUACUUCCCGGCAUUUUAUUUCUACACACUACAUCCUCAGAACAUUGGAUGCUAUGGCUCAAAAUAAACUGAAUGUCUUUCACUGGCAUAUAGUGGAUGAUCCAUCAUUUCCUUACUUCAGUCGAACUUUUCCAAACCUAAGUUUCAAGGGUGCAUUUAAAGCAGAGACACAUGUAUACACACCUAAAGAUAUUGAUGAUGUAAUUGAGUAUGCCAGAAUUUUAGGCAUUCGUGUGUUAGUUGAGUUUGACACACCAGGUCACACAGAGUCUUGGGGCAAAGGUCAGGAUCAGCUUCUUACUGAAUGUUACUCUCAGGGAAAGUUUAAUGGCAACUAUGGACCAAUAAAUCCUGCACUAGAAUCAUCAUUCACCUUCUUGUCUUCCUUCUUCAAAGAAGUCAGUGAAACUUUUGUAGAUCAUUAUAUCCACUUGGGAGGAGAUGAAGUCAGCUUUAGCUGCUGGCAGAGUAAUCCUGGAAUCCAGCAGUUUAUGAAGGAGCAGAACUUCACAGCUUAUGCACAGCUUGAAGAAUACUACAUGCAAAGACUGCUUGACAUAGUGGGAAAAUUGAAGAGAGGCUACAUCGUUUGGCAGGAAGUGGUUGACAAUGGUGUCAAGGUAAAAGAUGACACAGUGGUUCAUGUUUGGAGAGGAGGAUGGGAAAAAGAAAUGGCGAAAGUAACUGGCUUGGGGUACAGUGCCCUGCUUUCUUCAUGCUGGUAUCUAAACGACAUCAGUGCUGGCAGCGAUUGGCUCAAAUAUUAUGCUUGUGAACCUCUUAACUUCACUGGCACGGCUGAGCAGAAGUCUCUUGUGAUUGGUGGAGAAUCUUGCAUGUGGGGGGAGUAUGUGGACAACAGUGUUGUCUUGUCAAGAACUUGGCCAAGAACUUCAGUUGUAGCUGAAAGGCUUUGGAGUGCAGCCAGUGUAAACGAUUAUGUUAAAGCACUUCCUCGUCUUUCAGAACAUAGGUGUCGACUAAUUAGGCGUGGGUUCCCAGCUGAAGAAAUCAAUGGGCCAGGAUUUUGUGAUGUGGAGUACCAGGAGGGCUGAAUUGUGAACAUGAACCACGCAAACAGUAAAACCUGGAAGCCUUUAAUCUCACACAUUUUUUUUUUCAAAUCACUAAAUCAAAGUUCUAUAUAACUAUGUGUGAAUAUUCUGUGGGUGUUAUUAUUACUAUGGUA